GCCAAGGCUUCCAGGCUCAGAAAAAAAGUUGCGUGAGCCGAUUCGGGUAUCUGAUCGCUGGAUCUAUCAUCCAUCGCGGCAUCUUCAGGGCGCAAUCGACAUUUCCCCUUCUCUCCCUUCUGCUCUCCCCACCCUUCCUCUACCCUCAGUCCCCUUCGCAACGUUCUCCGUCCAUGGUAUGGGCCGAAGUGGCCAAGUACGUCUCUGGCACCCAACACGAGCGCGUCGAUGAUGGACAGAGCAGCACAUUCCAUUUGGACGUCCAGGAUACUAGACGGGCGUCAGAAGGGAUGGCAGCGACGGAGGACUUUGAGGCAUUGAGGCCGCCGUACAUCCACGCAAUGCUGGCGGGCGCAUUGGGAGGAACCACGGGUGAUAUGCUGAUGCAUUCGCUCGAUACCGUCAAGACAAGACAGCAGGGAGAUCCACACAUGCCGCCCAAGUACACCUCUCUAGGGUCCAGCUACUGGACUAUCCUGCGGCAAGAAGGCGUUCGGAAAGGUCUGUACGGUGGAGGUCUUCCAGCCUUCCUAGGCUCGUUCUCAGGCACACUCAUUUUCUUCGGCACGUACGAAUGGACGAAGCGAACCAUGCUGGACCUAGGUAUCAAUCCGUCGGUCACCUAUCUUACCGCAGGCUUCGUUGCUGACUUGGCUGCAUCUCCUCUCUAUGUGCCGUCCGAAGUGCUCAAGACGCGCUUGCAACUACAGGGCCGUUACAAUAAUCAAUACUUCAACAGCGGAUACAACUACAGGGGCAUGACGCAUGCCAUCAGGGAGAUUGUACGCCAUGAGGGCCCCUCGGCAUUGUUUCACGGUUUCAAGGCAACACUCGUACGCGACCUGCCGUAUUCUGCAUUGCAGUUUGCGUUCUACGAGCAGGAGCAAAAACUGGCGAAGGCAUGGGUGGGCAAGAGAGACAUUGGCUUGACGUUGGAGAUCCUCACUGGGGCAUCGGCUGGUUGCUUGGCUGGCGUUUUGACGUGCCCGCUCGACGUUGUGAAGACGAGGAUACAGACGCAGCACAAUCCGGAUCUUGCCAGCUCCUCCAAGCCGGUAGCUACGCCUUCUACACAUGCUCCGUCCGCCAAUAUACCAGCAAAGCAUGCAACACCACCUAUUGGUACAUCCAAGACGACAUCGGCGAUGAAGCGAGCGAUCUCCACGUCAUCCCCCUCCACUUCUUUAAAAAUGCACUCGGCGGCCACCAUUGACGCCUCGUCCGUCAUCAGUGGCCUGAGGAUCAUCUACAAGACGGAAGGCUUGGCCGGCUGGUUCCGUGGUGUCGGUCCUCGCGCAGUGUGGACGAGCAUUCAGAGCGGAACCAUGUUGGUUAUGUAUCAAGCGUUGCUCAAGCAGUUCGAAGCGCAUCCUCUCGUGACGGUGGACCCUAUAUAACGCCGUUACAAAGCGGCGGUUGUUGUAUCAUUAUUCAAUAGAACAUGCAUUGCACGGCGUUAGAGCUAGAGUGUGUGGGGUGCGAUGCUGUGAAAGCAUUGUGGCCCGUUGUUACCCGCUGCUUUUAGAGGGUUCAUCCUGUAAAUAGUCUAAAUGAAAGUCACUUCACUUUUCAA